AUGGCCAAUGCCUCCACAGAUCUGGACAACGCGGAGGCCCAGAGACAGCUCAACAACAAUAACCGCCCAGCCAGCUCGGGAUUCUGGGAAACCGAAACCACCAGUGCCAAACUGUUUGAGUGCUCCCGUAUCAAAGCACUGGCAGAUGAGAGAGAUGCUGUGCAGAAAAAGACUUUCACAAAGUGGGUGAACUCUCAUUUGGCCCGUGUGUCCUGCCGCAUCUCUGAUCUUUACAACGACCUGCGUGACGGAUACAUGCUUACCAGACUACUGGAGGUCUUAUCUGGAGAGAUGUUGCCCCGACCAACAAGAGGUCGAAUGCGGAUUCACUGCCUUGAGAAUGUAGACAAGGCUCUGCAGUUCCUCAAAGAACAGAGGGUUCAUCUGGAGAAUGUCGGCUCCCACGACAUAGUUGAUGGCAACCAUCGUCUGACUCUUGGUCUCAUCUGGACCAUCAUCCUGCGCUUCCAGAUCCAGGUGAUUAAGAUCGAGACAGAGGACAACAGAGAGACCCGCUCAGCUAAAGAUGCCCUGCUGCUUUGGUGCCAGAUGAAAACAGCUGGGUAUCCUGAAGUAAAUAUUCAGAAUUUUACUACAUGCUGGAGGGACGGCCUGGCCUUUAAUGCACUCAUCCACAGACACAGGCCUGAUUUGAUUGAGUUUCACAAGCUGACUAGAUCCAAUGCCACACACAAUCUCCAACAAGCCUUUAACAUUGCUGAGCAGAGUCUGGGACUAACCAAACUGUUAGAUCCUGAGGAUGUGAACACAGAGAAUCCAGAUGAGAAAUCCAUUAUCACAUACGUGGUGUCAUACUACCACUACUUUUCCAAAAUGAAAGCCCUGAUUGUGGAAGGAAAAAGAAUUGGAAAGGUGUUGGACAACGCCAUAGAGGCUGAGAAGAUCAUUGAACGUUAUGAGGCACUGGCCUCAGAUCUGCUGGAGUGGAUAGAAAAAACCAUUAGUGUCAUCAGCAACCAGAAGUUUGCUAACUCUCUAACGGGCGUUCAGCAGCAACUUCAAGCCUUCACCACCUACUGCACCAUCGAGAAGCCUAUCAAGUUCCAGGAGAAGGGAAACCUGGAGGUGCUGCUCUUCACCAUCCAAAGCAAACUCAGAGCUAAUAACCAGAAGCCAUAUGUGCCUAAUGACGGGAAACUCAUUUCUGAUAUCAAUAAGGCAUGGGAGAGGCUAGAGAAGGCAGAGCAUGAGCGAGGCGUGGCUCUAAGGAAAGAGCUGAUUCGUCAAGAGAAAUUAGAACUGCUCGCUCAGCGCUUUGAUCACAAAACUACCAUGCGGCAAGCAUGGCUAAAUGAGAAUCAGCGGCUUGUGUCACAGGAUAACUUUGGCUAUGACCUGCCAGCUGUGGAAGCAGCCAUGAAGAAGCAUGAGGCCAUAGAGGCAGAUAUCUCGUCUUAUGAGGAGCGCAUCAGUGUAGUGGUGGAGCUGGCUGCUGAAAUGGAGUCGGAGGGUUACUAUGACAUCCGCCGCAUUUCUGCUCGUAAGGACAACAUCUUGGGCCAGUGGUCUUUGCUGAAGGAACUUGUAGUGGGCAGGAGGACUCGUCUGGAGAAGAACCUGGCCUUGCAAAAGACCUUCCAGGAGAUGGUUUACAUGAUCGACUGGAUGGAGGAGAUGCAGGUCAAACUUUUAUCUAAAGACUUUGGGAAGCACUUGUUGGAAGUGGAUGACCUACUCCAGAAACACAGCCUUCAGGAGGCUGACAUUGCUGUGCAGGCAGAGAGAGUACAGACACUCAAUACUGCAGCUCUCAAGUUCACCACUGUUGAAGGCUACCAGCCCUGUGACCCACAGGUGAUCUGUAACCGUGUCAACCACGUCAGCACAUGCCUUGAGGAACUGAAACAACUGGCAGCCCAAAGACAUUCGGAGCUUGAGGACUCGCGGCAGCUCUGGGCCUUCUUCGAGGAGGUAGAGGAGGCUGAGGCCUGGAUGCGGGAGAAGACCUCUAUCCUGGCAUCACAGAGCUGUGGCAAAGACCUGAGUAGUGUACUACGUCUACUGCAGAACCACAAGGGCCUGGCCGGAGAGUUGCUGGCACGCCGCAACUUGUUACAACAGACCAUGAAGAAGGGCAAGCAGAUCCUCAGCCAGCGUACUCCAGCUACUGCCGGCAUCCAUGACCGUCUAAUGGACGUGAAGGCUGAGUGGAGGCAUCUGGAGGAGCAGGCGGCACAACGGCUGAGCCACCUGCAGGAAGCACUCAACUUCUUCCAGUUCAGCACUGAGACGAACGACCUCCUGGCCUGGCUGCAGGACGCCUACCGACUGGUGUCCAGCGAGGACUUCGGGCACGACGAGUACUCCACCCAGUCUCUGCUGAAGAAGCACCGCGGGGUUCGCGAGGCUGUGGACAAGCAUCGCGUGCAGGUGGUGGCAUUGCGCAAGCACAUGGUUGCACUGCCACUGCACUACCGCGAGAUGGAAGAGGUGCAGGCACGCAUGGCUGAAGUGGAACAGCUCUACGCGGAAGUGGCAGAGGUGGCCAUACUGAGGCAGCAGUGGCUGCAUGACGCUCUGGCUGUGUAUCGUAUGUUCAGUGAGGUGAACGCCUGCGAAGUGUGGAUUGAUGAGAAGGAACAGUGGCUCAACAAGAUGGACGUGCCGGAGAGGUUGGAGGAUGUGGAAGUGGUGGCCCAUAGGUUUGAGAGCCUGGACCAGGAAAUGAACAGCCUGAUGGGAAGGAUACUUGAUGUCAAUCAAAUAGUCCAGCAGCUGUUGGACAGUGGACACCCCAGCUCCACAGAAGUUAGAGGGUGUCAAGACCAUCUCAAUAGCAGGUGGAAUCGAAUUGUAGAGCUGGUAGAGCAAAAGAAGGACCACUUGGACUCCAUCCUGCGUAUCCAGAACUACUUACUGGAGUGUGGCGAGAUCAAAUCACAAAUCCAGGAGAAGCGCAAGGCCAUAGACGCUACACAGUAUGUUGGCAGUGACCUGGGUGGUGUGCUAGCACUGCAACGCCGCCUCUCCACCAUGGAGGGGGCGCUGGCUGUGCUGGAGCCCAAACUCAUCCACCUGCAGCAAGAGGCAGAGGAGCUGGCCACCUCCCACCCAGAGAAGGCUGUGGAGGUUUUGGUGCCAUUUGAAGGCAUCAGCGUGGAGUGGGAAGAACUGAAGCGUACACUCCAGGGCUGUGAGGACUCAUUAACAGUGGCUGGGCGACUGCAACAAUUCAUCCAGGACCUGGACUCCUUCCUUACAUGGCUUGUGCAGACACAAACAGCUGCUGCUUCUGACGAACUGCCCAACACCUUGGAAGAGGCUGAGAGGUUGAUCAACCGGCAUGCUGCGCUCAAAGAGGAGAUUGGCCGUUACGAGGAGGACUAUGAGAGGCUACAGGCUGUCCAAGAACUGCUGGAGUCGGAGGAGGCGCCGCUCCCCUAUGCUGCACUGCAGCAGUGGCUGCAUAAGCUUGACGUGGGCUGGAACAAGCUACUGGAGAUGUGGGAAAGCCGUAGGGAGGUGCUGGUGCAGGCGCACAUCUUCCACCUGUUCAUGAGGGAUGUCAAGCAAGCUGAGGCCUUUCUCAACAACCAGGAAUCAGCUCUAGCCCACGUGGAGCUCCCAACCACAGUAGAGACGGUGGAGGCUGCCAUCAAAAAACACAAAGACUUUACUACCACCAUGGAGCUGAACCUCCAUCGCAUUAAAGCUGUAAUAGAGGCUGGAGAGAGCCUCAUCAGCCAGAACAACAUUUAUUCUGAGCGAAUCAGAGAGCGUAUAGACACCCUUGCCAAAAGAGGGAACCAGAACCGGGAGCUGGCCCAGCAGUGGCUCAAUAAAUUGAAUGAUCAGUGGGAACUGCAGAGGUUCCUGCAGGACUGUCACGAGCUGGGUGACUGGGUGGCAGAGAAGAUGCUCAUGGCAGGGGACACGUCCAGAGACGAGACACAGAAGCUCCAUAAGAAAUGGCUGAAACACCAGGCCUUCAUGGCCGAGCUGGCCCAGAACAAGGAGUGGCUGGACAAGAUCGAGAGGGAGGGUCAGCAACUGAUGGAGGAGAAGCCAGAGCUGAGCGAGGUGGUGCAGCAGAAGCUCGGAGAGAUCCGUGAGUGCUGGCAGGAUCUGGAGACCACCACCCAGGCCAAAGCACGGCAGCUCUUUGAGGCCAACCGUGCAGACCUGGUGGUCCAGAGCUAUACUAGUCUGGAUGAGCGCCUCAGCCAACUGGAGGGGCAGCUGGGCAAUAUGGACCACGGCCAAGACCUGACCACCGUUAACAAGCAACUGAAGAAACUACAGACGAUGGAGUGUCAGAUGGAGGAGUGGUAUAAGGAGGUGGGAGAGCUGAAGGCCCAGGCUUCCUCCAUCCCUCAGCAGGGUCAGAGCCAGGACACUGUUAGCGAGCGGCAAGCUGUUGUGGAAUCGCGCAUCGUGCGUCUCAUCGAGCCACUGAAAGAAAGACGACGUAUCCUGCUGGCUGCCAAGGAGGUGCACCAAGUCGGUCGUGACCUGGAGGACGAGAUCUUGUGGGUGCAAGAGCGCCUCCCAGUGGCUACCUCUCAAGAGCAUGGAAAUAGCCUUCAGGCUGUGCAGCAGCUUAUGAAAAAGAAUCAGAGCCUCCAGAGGGAGCUGCAGGGGCACCGAGGCCGGGUAGAAGAUGUAUUGGAGAGGGCUGGUAUCAUAGCCUCCAUUCGCAGCCCAGAGGCUGACUGUGUGCGUGCAGGCAUGGAGCAGCUCCAUCAACUAUGGGAGGCGCUGUGGACAGAGACAGAGCGAAGACAGCUGACGUUGGAUGCCAUGUACCAAGCAGAGCAGUAUUAUUUUGACGUAGGAGAAGUGGAGGCCUGGCUCAGUGAACAGGAGCUGCACAUGAUGAACGAGGAGAAAGGCAAGGACGAGCCCAGCACGCUGCAGUUACUGAAGAAACACUUGGUACUGGAGCAGACAAUCGAGGACUAUGCUGAGACUAUAGGUUUGCUGUCACAGCAGUGCAGACAACUCCUGGAGCUUGGCCAUCCAGACAGUGAGCAGAUCAGUAAGAGGCAAUCACAGAUUGAUCGGCUCUACGUAUCACUAAAGGACUUAGCUGAGGAGCAUAAGUCCCAUUUGGAGCAGCAGUACUGGCUGUACCAGCUGAACCGUGAGGUGGAGGAGCUGGAGCAGUGGAUUGCUGAACGUGAGGUUGUGGCCAGCUCACCUGAACUGGGACAGGACUAUGAGCAUGUCACGAUCCUACAGGAGAAGUUUACAAAGUUUGCAUCUGAGACGGGCACUUUGGGUCAGGAGCGAGUGACGGCUGUCAAUCAGAUGGUUGAUGAGCUGAUAGACUAUGGGCACGCGGACGCGGCCACCAUCGCGGAGUGGAAGGAUGGGGUGAACGAAGCUUGGGCUGACCUGCUGGAGCUCAUUGAGACACGCGGCCAGAUGCUAGCUGCCUCGCACCAACUGCACAAAUUCUUCUCUGACUGCCGAGAGGUGUUGGUUCAGAUAGUAGACAAACAGAAGAGGUUGCCGGAGGUACGUGCCCGUCAGAGUGACACCGCCAACACCAGUACACUGCAGAGACUGAUGCACACAUUUGAGCACGACAUUCAGAUGCUGGUCACACAGGUCAGACAGUUGCAGGAGAGUGCGGCUCAGCUCCGGACAGUGUACGCUGGCGAGAAGGCAGAGGCCAUCAUGGGGCGGGAACAUGAAGUGAUGCAGGCCUGGAAGGAACUGCUGAUAUCUUGUGAGGAAUGUCGCAUGCAGAUCACCACGGCGACGGAUAAACUGCGAUUCUUUGGCAUGGUGCGUGACCAGCUGAUGUGGAUGGACAGCAUCAUCUGUCAGAUAGGAACAGGAGAGAAACCCAGGGACGUGUCCUCAGUGGAGGUGCUGAUGAACUACCACCAGAGUCUGAAGAGUGAAGUGGAGGCACGCAACAAGAGCAUGCUGCAGUGUAUCGAGAUGGGCAAGACUCUGCUAGCUGCACGAAACCCUGCAUCUGAGGAGAUUAAAGAGAAGUUGGAGAAGGUUCUGUCCAAGCAGAGAGAGCUCUCAGAGAAAUGGGACAAACACUGGGAGGAACUGCAGCACAUGUUGGAGGUGCACCAAUUUGCUCAGGAGGCGUUGGUUGCGGAGGCCUGGCUGACAGCUCAGGAGCCUUUCAUUAAUAGUAAUGAGCUGGGUGGGAGCGUGGAUGAGGUCGAACAGCUUAUUCGCCGGCACGAAGCCUUCCGCAAAGCCGCUGCCUCCUGGGAAGAGCGUUUCAGCUCCCUUCGUCGCCUAACCACGGUUGAGAAGCUGAAGGCUGAGCAGAGUAAACUGCCCCCAACGCCACUGUUGGGCAGAAAGGUAUUCCUGGACCCUCAGGAGUCUUCUCCUGCCCGCAGCAGCCCCUCUUCCCUUCUGCGGCAGACCAUCUAUGAGCAGGCCGAGCCACGGGUCGAGCGCCCAUCUCCGCAGCCCUCUCCUUCACCCUCCUCUGUGGCACGCCGACUGGGCUCCACAGUGGCCAACUACACCUCAGUCAUGAAUGGCACCAGCUACCGCAGUUUGGAAGCCAGAGGCAGUGGGUUACUAGGUGUCGCCGCAGGCUUGGGAACAACUGCUGUACGGCCCAUGCUGGAGAGGGACAGGGAGAGAGAGAGGGAGAAUGUUAUGGUGGAGGUGGUGCUGCAGGAGCCAGGGGGAAGAGAACGUCUAAACAGCGAGGCACGCGGCAGUGGGAGUAGUCGGUCGGAGUUGCUGGUGGAGCAGCAGCAGCAGAGGGAGUCAAGGUUUGAGCGGCAGCUUUCCAACGAGCAGCUGAUUCAGGCGCGGCGUGACGAGCUGCCGCAGGAGGUAUGGCGGGAGAGGGCAGAGCGGCAGGAGAGACGGUUAGAGAGACAGACGUCCAGUGAGCAGGAGGGACAUGGACAUGAGGCCAGGCGCAAGGAACGACACAGACUGGAAAGGCAGGAUUCCAGCGAGCAAGAGGCAAUACGAGAACUUUCGGAAAAACGACCCUCAGGGGACAAGAGGUCUACUUUAGCUGACAUUGUGGAGCAGCUUCAGGAGAGGGAAGCAGCCCAAGCCAGAGGAGAAAUCCCACGUCUCCCUAAUGGCCUGCCGGAAAAAUCCUCAAGACCGGACCGGCCACGCGCCCGAGACCGACCCAAACCUCGUCGGAGACCACGGCCCAAAGAGCCCACAGCCGGCGAGACCCGUCGCUCACGGUCAGCGCCAGCUCAGAGCAGCCCACCUGUCCCGCAGCCCCCGACUCACACGGCACAGCACGAAGGUUUCCUCUUCCGCAAGCUAGACAUUGAGAGCCAGAAGAAGAGUUCCAACAGAUCUUGGGUGAACCUGUACUGUGUGCUGAAUAAAGGUGAGUUGGGCUUCUAUAAAGAUGCCAAGAACACAUCCAUGCCAUACAACAGCGAACCUCUCCUCAGCCUCCACAGCUGUUCCUGUGACAUCACCAACGGGUACAAGAAGAAGAAGAAUGUCUUCACACUUAAAACUAAAGGUGGCACUGAGUAUCUGUUCCAUGCUAAGGAUGAGGAGGAUCUGAAGAACUGGGUCAUGAAAAUUACUACAAGUAUUCACGAGCAUGAAGAGAUUGCCAAAUGGGGACAGCCCCUGCCUACUACCUCAUCCACCGACGAAGGCACAAGGCGCGACGGCAGCAAGGCUGAGAAGUCGGACAGGGGGGAGAGGGCCGAGCGCUCUGAGCGUUCAGACAAGGGUGAGAAACCGGAGAAGAAAUCGAGCAAGAAGAAAUGA